AUGUUGAAUAACACUAAUAUUCUAAAGAAAAAAUAUACACGAGAAGAAAUCGCUCGGCGUAUUGUUAAAGAUGACGACCUACUUAUUAUUUAUCAAAAUAAAGUCUAUCGUCUUAAUACUUGGAUUAAAUAUCAUCGCGGUGGUGAAUUGGCUAUUUUACAUAUGAUUGGUAAAGAUGCUGCUAAUGAAAUAAAUGCUUAUCAUUCGGAUCAUAUGUUACAGAAUAAAUUACCUUUAUAUUAUUUUGGUGAUAUUGUCGAUGAAGAUCAUGAUCAUUUUCAUUCACGUAUUCCUCCUAUUGAAUAUUAUUAUAAACAAAAUGAAUUCAAUAAUCAUUAUAUUUUAAUAGAUGAAACUCCAAAAACUUCACUUAAAAUUUCGAUUUCUUGUUUUUUCGAUUGUAAUUAUUUUGAUUAUAGCUGGGAAUGUAUUCGAUAUUUAUUACUUGCAUUUUUUGCUGCAUAUGUUUUUAUUGGAGCAACAUCAUCAUGGCAUCAUUAUCUAUCAGCAGCAUUUCUUGGUGCUCUUUGGCAUCAAUUGACAUUUACAGCACACGAUGCCGGCCAUUUAGCUAUAACACAUUCAUAUCGAAUUGAUUCGUUUAUUGGAAUUUUUAUUGGAAAUUUAUUAGAUAUUCAACAUUUCCCAUUCUUUGCUGUAGCGCCACGUUUUGUUCAAUCACUUUAUUCGACUUAUCAUAAACGUAUUCUUCGUUAUACUUGGCUUGCAUCAUGUUUAAUUCUAUUUCAACAUUUAACUUAUUAUUUAAUUAUGUGUUUUGCGCGUUACAAUUUACAACUUCAAUCCUAUAUUUAUUUAUAUAAAUAUCCUUCUUCACCAUAUCGUUCUAUUGAAAUAUGUUGUAUUUUUAUUUUUUGGUAUUGGUAUAUCAUUUUAUUAUCGUAUAUUCCAACGUAUACACAAUGUUUUAUUUAUAUGCUUAUAUGCAAUACUAUAACGAUGCCAUUACAUGUUGAAAUCACAUUAUCACAUUUUGAUAUGUCAACAGAGGAUUGUGGACCAUGUGAAUCAUUUCCAUCGAAAAUGCUUCGAACAACAAUGGAUAUUGCAUAUCCAACAUGGUUAGAUUUUUUUCAUGAUGGUCUUCAAUAUCAAGCUGUUCAUCAUUUAUUUCCACAUAUGCCAAGACAUCAAUUAAGAUUUGCUAGUUAUUUUGUUGAACAAUUUGUUGAUGAUGUUGGUUUAACAUAUCAUGUCUAUGGUUUUGUACAUGGAAAUGCUAAAGUAUCGAAUGCAUUAAAAGAUGUUGCAAUGCAAAUAAAACUUAUGCAGAAUAGUCUGCGUACUGAUGGAUUACAAGUAACUGAUGCUAUUGUAUUUUUUGAUCGAGAACAAAAUGAUGAAAAUAAUUUACAAGAAAAAAAAAUCGUCUUCAUCGAAUAUCUUGUCAGAUAUGGAAAAACUACUGAAGGAAUUUCAAAGAAUGCUCAAAUAUUUAUACGUGAAAAUCAAACUCAAUUACCUGCAUUAAAAACUGAAAUUGAAAAUAAAAGUAUUAUUCCUAUUCUUCAACAAUUUCAAAAAAUUAUGAAAGAAAAAAAGUAA